AUGGUGGACGUGAUUUGCAGAGCCUGCGGUCGCACUGUGAAAGUGAAAAAAAACACCACGCGCACUACAACAAAGGAAAAGGAGAAACAUAUGACCAAAUAUCACAGUACCGACGGACGGCUAUAUCAGGACUGCUUCCAGGAUUGAAAGAGAUGUCACUCCAAAGCGAACAGCCUACCCACGAGUCGUCCAGAGUACGCUGUGAAAGGGAUUUAGUCAAUGAGGUGCAACGUCCUGCCGCUGAUGUGAUUCGUCAAUUCGCUUUGCCUGUGGCAAGUAGUCCUGAUGAAUGAAGGCUUCCAAGAUUUCCUUUUGAUGAACUUAGUGACAGUGCGGGUGCGGCAUCUAGUGUGUGCAGCGGUGCGGAGACAAUCAUUAGUAUUAAAUUUGUGUUCAGUGUUC